GAGAGAAACAGACAGGUGAUGCAAGAAUGUCGACACUUAGAGCUGAUUUGAUUGCUAAAAGUCCGAAGCGAAGAAGCAUCCACCGCUUACUCUCUUGGAUAUGACGACACUCUUCUUCAUUUCGCCAACACGCUUCCUUUCCUUGAUGCCAUUCCUAGCAUUCAUCACCUCCAAAUCCCAAUUCCCAAUCCUCUUCACUUUAUUAAUCGAUUCUAGUUUCUCUCCUCAUCCUACAACCACAACAAGCCUCCCCCCUCUUUUCCCCCAACAAUUUUGUCUCACUCCCAUGAUUUUUACCGAGGAUCUCUGGCCACUGCUCCAGCAACUCGUUGGAAAAACUCCUCUCUUCUCAUCUUCAUCAUCAGAAGCUUCGUCGUCCUUCUUCCAGAACCUUCGGGAAUCGAUGACGAACUCAAGUUGCGGAGGCGCGGAGUUGGAGCUAUGCCGAGAUGAAUCAGCCGCAUUGGUUCUCAAGUUCGUCGCCAUCGCUUCCAUUCUCCUCUCCGGCAUGGCCGGGAUCGCCAUCCCGCUCAUCGGAAAACACCGCCGCUUCCUCCGCACCGACGGCAACCUCUUCGUCGCUGCCAAGGCCUUCGCCGCCGGCGUCAUUCUCGCCACCGGAUUCGUGCACAUGCUCUCCGACGCCACCAAGGCACUUCGCCACCCGUGCCUGCCAGCGUUCCCGUGGUCCAAGUUUCCCUUCACCGGUUUCUUCGCCAUGUUGGCCGCGCUCCUCACGCUCCUCCUAGAUUUCGUGGGAACGCAAUACUACGAGCGCAAGCAGGGGAUGAACCGCGCCCCCUCCGAAGAACCAGUACGGGUCGGCUCAUCCGAACCCGGUGGGAAUGGGAAGGUGUUUGGGGAAGAAGAAAGCGGCGGAAUGCACAUCGUGGGGAUGCAUGCACAUGCUGCACAUCAUAGACAUAACCAUCCUCAUGGCAAUGAUGCAUGUCAUGGCAUUGGCAACAUCAAGGAACAGGUCCACGCCCACUCCCACUCCCACUCCCACUCCCACGGACACUCCCACUCCCACAUCGAAGAUGGAGAAGAUACUGACGUUCGACACGUCGUCGUUUCUCAGGUGUUGGAGCUUGGGAUUGUAUCACAUUCUGUUAUAAUUGGGUUGUCCUUAGGAGUUUCGCAAAGUCCUUGUACCAUAAGGCCAUUAAUUGCGGCGUUAUCUUUUCAUCAGUUUUUUGAAGGGUUUGCGCUUGGAGGUUGCAUUUCCCAAGCGCAGUUUAAAGCCUCGUCAGCAACUAUAAUGGCUUGUUUUUUUGCACUGACUACACCCUUGGGUGUUGGGAUUGGAAUGGCUAUCUCUUCGGGGUAUAACCCUUACAGCCCCGGUGCACUCAUCGCCGAAGGUAUCUUGGAUUCCUUGUCGUCGGGGAUUUUGGUUUAUAUGGCUUUGGUAGAUUUGAUCGCUGCGGAUUUUCUUAGCAAGAGGAUGAGUUGUAACUUUAGGCUGCAGAUACUGUCUUACUGCAUGCUUUUCCUUGGGGCUGGAUUGAUGUCUUCGCUCGCAAUUUGGGCAUGAUGUCCCUCCCCUAUAUAGUUGUAAUUACUGCUUUGUUCAAUAUUUGAUUUCAUAUCCGUUUUUUUUUUUC